GAAUGAGCCACCACACUCCUUACAAUACAAAAGCCUUGGCAACUGCCAUGGAGAGUCUCUGUCAUGGACUUGGCAGGGUUCUUUUUCUAUUCGUGCUCCUGGUGCUAAAUUCCUCAGCACAGUACGAUUACACAGUGGAUGAGAAUGGCAUACCCAGACUCUGGGCCCCACAGAAAGGGCUUCUAUUUCACCCGGGCGAUUCGGAGAGCGCUUCAAUGUCCGAUGAUCUGGCCAAGUUCUUGUCGCAGGACCAUGAGCCUCCAAUCAGUCGCCCUGCAGUCAUUGCUUUCCAUGCAGGACAUGAUGCCAGUAUUGCCAUUGGGGUGGCAGGUCGGGUGCAGUGCGUGCUUGAGUUGGAACGUUUGUUUGAGGUGCGGUACUACUCCUUAGGGGGCGGCAUGACUCUGGACAUGAGUGAAGCAGAUUUUGCCCAAGCUUGGUUGUUCGCACUGGACGCCGUUCUGAGCGGUUGCGAGUGCGAUGCUGAGGAGAAGUGUCCUGGAAGUUUUCACUAUGCAGUCUUGGAGAAUUUUGAGCAUCAUGAAUUCCAAAUGCUGAAACGUGCAGUGGAGCCAGUCAUUGGGGCCACAAAGUGGCGUUUGGUGAACCAUCACCGUGCCCAUGCCCUGCUGGGCUACUAUGCUUCGACCUUCCGUUCAGCCUUUAUUAUGUCUUACGAUGCCGGUGGAAAUGAUGGUUUCUUCAAUUUUUACGUUGGCCUUGGAUAUGACGUCAAAUUGGUUGCGAAAAUACCAACGAAUAUGGGGAUGGCAUACAAUCAGCUGGCUGUUUUACUCCCAGAGGUCACCGGAGCAAAGCACUACUCCGAGGUCGUUUGCGGAAGCGAGGAGAUCACACCACUCAACCUCCCGAAAAUGGUGGCAGCAAUGCAUGGAGUUCCGCACACCGUGCAUGACGUGAGUCGAGUGAUGCUAAGCUAUGCCGGAAAGUUUAUGGGAUAUUCGGCGCUGGGGAAAAGCGACCCACAAAGCAGCCAUUGGGCGAGCCAAUUUGUGCGCAACUACCUUCAGAACCAAACGGCUGCAGACGAGGCUUUUGCUUGGCUCCGUCACUUCGCAUGCGAAGGCACUGAGAGCCAGAGAGUUUUGGCCGCUUCCGCGCAGGCAGAGUGGACGGACUUGGUGAAAGAAUAUUUCGGCAAGGCCCUCUACGGCUCAAUGGGUCUCCUGGGACAGGCCGUGGAAGGCAUUGUCCUUACAGGAGGCUGUGCUUUGAACGUGCUAGCCAACCAGCUGAUUUAUGACACAUUCACCCAAACACACCAGCUCGAUCUGAGCCUCCCAAGUUCGGUCUACAUGCCACCUGCAAGCAAUGACGGUGGCAUUGUGGUGGGUGCCCUUUGGUCAGUGGUGCCCCCUUUGUCGCCACAGCCUUUGCAGUACCUGGGCUUUCGUCUCUUUGACCUCGACACCUUGGACUCCACGGCCACCCGUCGACAGGCCGAGCGCCUCUCGGAGCUGGGAGGUGUGGACUAUUUGGCCGACCUCUUGGCCGGCGGCCCGGCGUGGCAAAACCAAAGCCGCUCUCAGGGCCAGGAGGGCCGUGAUAAACCCAUCAUUGCGGUGGUUUUGGGGAGGCAAGAGUUCGGGCCCAGAGCCUUGGGACAUCGUUCCUUACUGGCAGCGCCCAAUUCUCAGAGCAUCCGGGAUCGCAUGAACACGCUGAAAGCCAGGCAGUUCUAUCGACCCGUAGCACCGAUGAUUGCAGAUGAAGCUUUGGAGGAGGUCUUCGGCCAAGAGAUCAAAAGUCCCUUCAUGACGAUGGCUCCUUUGGUGCGGCCUCAUGUCCGAGAGCACUUUCCUGGACUGGCGCACGUGGACGGCACGGCACGACAUCAGUCCGUUAGUGCGGAGGAGGAGCCCUGGAUUCACAGUUUGCUGCUGGCCGUGGGGAAGAGGAUUGGUUUGGCGGCACUGAUCAAUACCAGCUUCAACUCCAAGGGCAAACCCAUUGUCAACACAGUGAAGGAAUGCCUCAAGAUGCUAGAUGAGCUUGAGGAUUUGGACUUUGUCUUGAUUGAAGAUUGGCUCUUUCGAAGCGAGCGAAAGAAAUCAUGAAUAGUACA